AUGCUUACUAUUUCUGCUUCUCCAGAUGUGGAUGGGCACACAUCCUUCGAGUCCUUCAUACCUUCUAUAUCUACCGGCGAACCCCUGGCAGAGUACCUAAGAGAUAACCCCCAAUUGGUGGGAAAGGCAGUUCUAGAUCGAUAUGGACCAGAGAUUCCGUUUUUCACCAAGAUUAUCUCCUUCGCUAAAGCGUUAAAGCUACAGAUCCACCCGGACCGGACCCUCGCGCAACGACUUCACGAACAAGUCCCUGACAGGCCAGGAGACGUCAGGCGGAAGCCAGAGAUCGCGAUUGCCCUCUCAAAGUUCGAGCUGUUGGCGGGCUUCAAGCCGCUCGAAGAUAUCAGAGGACUGUUCAGACUAAGGCCCCUGGAGCAGUUUGUGCCUUCGCAAUCCGACUUCACCAAUGCAACGCUCAGACAAGUGUGCACAAAUAUUUCGAGUGCGAGUCCCGAAGAUAUCGCCUCAAUAAUCAUUGAGCUACAAUCCAUUCCCGAGUCGCAGUUCGGAGCAUACCCAUAUAUUCCUGGCCUCUUAUGUCGACUCAGUAAGCAGGACGCAGGGCCUGACAAUGAGACUCUCCUGACCACGCUGCUAAUGAACCAUAUCAUCCUCGGACCCGGCGAUGCUCUGUAUGUCCCCGAGGAUAGUGUGCAUGUGUAUCUAGAAGGGGACGUGAUUGAAUGCAUGGCGAGAUCAGACAGCGUGAUCAGUACGGGCUUUUGCCCGGCACCGAGAGAUGAUAGCGAGCUAUUCAAAUCGCUGACAUUCGUCCCACGCGGUGCGGAGACUGCCCUGCUCCCUCGUUGCAAGAGUGACAAAGGCGUGCAUGGGAAGACAGACGCCUACGCGCCGCCGUCGAGCGAAUUUACUGUGUUAUGUACCUGUCUCGGUGCCGGCGAAAAGGAAAGCCACAAGGCGAUCCGUGGGCCAAGCUUGGUGAUCGUCGUAAAGGGCCAUGGGGCUAUGCAGAUCCCCGGGAAUGAAAGUGUUCGUCUGUCGGAGGGAUACGUGUUCUUCGUGUGGACAGGGCGUUGCACUGCAUUUGAGCUCCGAUAA